GUGCGUGGAAAUCUAUGGAUAUAAUGUUGUGAUUUUUUGUAGUCCUACAGGAGUAAUUCUUAAAACACCGGUGAUUUUUAAACAAUGGAUAUCCAGCUUGCAAACGAGACCGGAGGCGGAUACGUUAUCCAAAAUGUGAUUGUAUGUGAGGACUCUAGCAUGGAGGAUACGGGUAACGAGACUGAAGGAGAUUCGGCUGGAUUUCCGCCGGCGUGGUGGCACGUGUCGCGUUUCAUUGUCGACGUUGUGAUAGUGGGAAUUAUGAUUCUAAUCGGCUUUAUAGGAAAUAUGCUUAGUUUUGUUGUGCUUCACAAAGAUAAGAAUUGGUCAACGACGCAUUUUCUACUACAAUGCCUGGCGUUGGCGGACACACUGUUUCUCUGCGGAUGCAUGAUGUUUCAAACGUUAUUCUCAAUCAAGCCAUACCUCAACGUUUUUGAGGAAUAUCACGAAGUAUUUCCGUACAUCCUCCCCUACUUGUAUCCACUGGGCCUAAUGGCGCAAACUGCACGCAAUUGGAUUACUGUAACAGUGACAGUGGAUCGUUUUAUUGCGAUUCGAUUCCCCUUAAAAUCAAAUCGGAUAUCGACAAUAAAAAACAUGCGAAUUACAGUAACAUUUGUUGUCAUUGGAGCAAUUUUAUUCAACAUCCCAAGAUUUUUUGCAUCGUCCGUCGAAGAACAAUUUGAUGCAUGUACAAACACUACAAGCAUUGUCAACAUUGAGAACGAAAAAUUCUCAAAAUCGCCGACGUACCGAAUAUUCUAUGGGAUAGUGCUCUACUUCAUCUUUAUUGUAGUCGGACCACUUUUAUUGCUAGUUAUUCUAAAUAUCAACCUCAUGGUGAUCAUACAUCGGUCGAACAAACAACGAUCAAGAAUGGCGAAAGUCUCGCCCAAUUCACAAAAAGCGGAUGUGAACCGUAUGCUUAUUUCCGUCAUAUCCGUUUUCAUAAUUUGCGAAGCGCCAUCGGUCGUGUACCAGGUGCUCUGGAUGACGAACAGCCCGCAAGCAAUACUCAUCAUGCCCUUCACGAACAUGCUAGUGACCUUGAACUCAUCGAUAAACUUUUUCAUCUACUGCCUAGCCGGCCAGAAAUUUCGUAAAAUUCUUCGAAGUAUCUGCUGCGGCUCGAAGCAUCGCUGGAGAAAGCUGAACAGAAACGGUAAUUUUUCACGAGCUGGGAGUGAUCCAACGCUGACUCACGAUCGUGACGACCGCAAUUCGACUAUCCACGAACACUUUGUCGUUAACAACAGUAGUAUAAAGAAACAUUACAUACAUCUGGACAGAAUAGAGCUAUCAUAGCACAGGUUUUUAAAGUACAGACUUCCUUAUUUGUGUGAUUCUUUAUCAAUGUGGACAUGCUUCAGAAUUUUUUCACCCUUGAGCAGAAACUUCUUCCAAUUAGGCAACACUUUUUCAAUAUGUUGGAUUACAAACUUUCGCAAAUUUUUCCACUUAGCAAGUAAAGGUGUACAUAUGAAGUGAACUUCAAAGUAAAGAAUUGUCAGUUUCAGUCAAAGUUUUUCCACUUGACGAGUAAAGGGGUGCAUUUGUAGUGAAAUUCAAAGCAGAAAAUUCUCAGUUUUAGCUCCAGAUGAACUUUGUCAAAACGUAAAAGCAUUUAUAUUUAUCAUUUCCCUGGUUGGUCAAUAAUAAAAUAAUGGCCAAAUCGGCACAAGUCGUCAUAAAAAGCCUGAAUAAUCACUGGUAAGAGGUCAACUCUUCAUCCAUUCCAAUCCCAUGUCAAUUCGCCAUCAUAAUCAUCAUCAACAUUGAUCACAAUAGCUAAUUUUUAUUUUUUUAAAAUUAUUUAAUCAGUUUGCAUGAACAGAGUAGCUUAUACAUUUACAUUCAGCCAAAAAGCCUUCUUAGAAUCUGAUUUCCUCUGUUUCAAUCAGUGUAACAGGUUGUGCUAAACUCGGCAUUAAAAAUCUAAUAUGGUCUCGGUUGAAAAUGCCUGCUUUAUCAUGCUGAUGCCACAAAGAAUUGAACCCUGAUUGAGCAAAAAUGUUAGGCAGACAGAGAGAACAGCACAGUGGCGUGGGGGCUCGUGCACAAGUGUAUCCUCUCCAAAUUUUAAUCAAAAGGGAAAAGUCUGUGCCCCUGCCCCGAAAGCUCUGCUAUGCCAAAUGAUUCAAAUAAAGAACCAUUGAAAAGCAUGAUUAAAUGCUGAAUU